CUGUCUUGACCAUAUCUCAUCCCAAGUCGGAGUACACGGUUUACCAAUCAUCGGCUCACGAAUUUGUAGCAUGUCAGAUAUCGACCCUACCGCAAACGGGUUCGUCAGGUCUCAUUCGCACAAUGCUCGCAAGACGAACUCGAGGGAAAUACCUAACUGCGCUGAACUACCAUCGAACUCAUUGACGCUCACUCAAACCACCCAACUUGAUGGACUCAUGACUAUCCUGCGUGAUAAAAUGACCCCUCGAUCGGAGUUCAUUUUUACUGCCGAUCGCAUCAUCCGAUUACUCGUAGAGGAAGGUUUAAAUCAUCUGCCUGUAGAGUCUCACAGUGUCGAAACGCCCACUGGUGCUGAAUACAAGGGCGUGAAGUUCUUGGGCAAAAUCUGUGGGGUUUCAAUCAUGAGAGCCGGUGAAAGUAUGGAGGCUGGUUUGAGGGAAUGUUGUAGAUCAGUCCGGAUAGGUAAAAUUUUGAUUCAAAGGGAUGAAGAAACAGCGUUGCCAACGCUCUUUUACGAAAAAUUACCGGACGAUAUUCAAGACAGAUACGUCUUGCUACUCGAUCCCAUGCUUGCUACAGGUGGGUCCGCGAUCAAGGCGAUUGACGUCUUGAUCGAACAUGGCGUUCCCGAGGAGCGGAUCCUGUUUUUGAACCUGGUUGCUGCCCCAGAAGGAUUAGCAAACAUCUUCUCAAAGCAUCCUUCAGUAAAAGUGGUCAGUGCCUGGGUGGACGAAGGGUUAGAUGAUAAAAAGUAUAUCAUCCCAGGGCUUGGAGAUUUUGGAGAUAGAUAUUUUACAAGCUCGUAAUCCAAACUGAUGUCUUCGACGUCCGAAUAGAAGAACCCAGCGACCAAGAGUAUGAUUUGCUUUUCGAUCUUCCAAAAUGUUUAUG